AGCCGCAUGUGCCUGCUGUUCAGCAGAUGCAUUGCAAGGAUGCCCAUGAACGUGCGUCUGACUGGUUCGUCGCUUUUAACCUCCCGUUGGACUGAUCCACUCGGACCCACUCAAAAGUAGUCGGUACGGUUGGCGUCUGUGUCUUUUGUUCGGGACGGCGGCAAUGUUGGAGGUAGCCGCUACCUCUCGCUGGUUUCCCCGUCUGUGCCAUCUUUCCAACCUCACCUCAUGGAUCUCUAUCAAUUGUGCCUUCCUCUACGGAUACAGAGUACGGAGUCAAUACUUUGUUGCUUCUUUCCUUCCUCCUGUCAACUAUAGAGUACCUGCCUUAACGCAGGUAGCCAUCCAUUUACACUGUUCCAUUGUCCCGGCAUUCUGUGUGUGUCCUGUUUGGCCAGUGACACACCAUCCGACCUCGUCCCUCCAGUUUCAGAAACAUCGCCAGUUCUCAUCGGCAACGUCAAACCCAUCACUCCCGCUACAUCUACAACGUACAAACUCGAUCGGCCCCUUAGUUCCAGGGGCUGGACUCGAACGAACGCCACUACUCUGCAUCCAUCGCGAAUUCGCCAUCGCCUCUGCCGGUACGGGUCUGGAAUCACAUCCCGCUGGCCGGCACACAAGCGGCCACCAUCCACCAUUCAUCACCAAUCCCCACUUGCGCUUGAAGCUCGGAACUUUGUGUUCCCUCUCGCCCUCUCGCCCUGUCUGCACUCUGCACACUGAUGGAGCAAUUCGACGGCCUGGCAACGUGCAAUGCUUCACUCCGAACCAUCCACCUUCCCAUCCGCAGCUCUAGCCUUGACGGAGUACUGCCUAGGACUCCCGGUCCGUCCACACAGACCAGCUCUCUCAAGGAUUGAGGCUGCACCAUUGCUGCAUCUGCCCGCCUUUGGUUCUUUGUGCCUGCGAGAC